CCUGUAUACUGCUCUAUCACUGGGAAACUGAUGUGUGGCUUUGACCAAGUUCAUCAUUAAGAGAUCGUGAUGUGCUGUUCUGCAUAAGAACAUGUGUUCUUUACUUAAGGAAUGCAGUAUAACGUUACAUGCUUUUCGUCUCUAAAAUUUAGCGUUUGCUGUUCACUUUGAAAAACUUCCCAAGAUCCAACCGCAACAAAGUGAAAGCAGCAGCCACAGGGGCACAGGAUGGCUCUACUGACAUAGUCAUGCUGGCGAGCGUCAAAACAAGUGCAUCUCGCCGAUCUCGCCACUGACGCGCAGACCCCAGGCAAGGAGGAUUCAGGGAGCCGAUUUUUACGGUUUUGGUUUGGACUGGUGAUCCAACAGCUCUACUAUGGAUUUAAAUGACAGCACAUCUCUGGCUGAGCUGAUGAGCCGGUAUGUGUCUACAGAAACAGGAUUUGGUGUUCCAAAGGAUGGCUGGCGGAUAUGCUUGGCACACGAGUUCAAAGAGAAGCGGAAACCAUUUCAAGCCAAAGAUGUCUCAUUGUCCAACAUGAUCGAGCAUGUUUCUUUAGGGGUCAGGUAUCUGAGAUGGUGGUACAGAAAGACCCAGAUUGAGAAGAAGGCUCCUUUUAUUGAUAUGUUUCGGGCUUUACCACUGAGACAAAUUUAUGGUGCUCCUCUUGGUGGCAUUGGCGGAGGCAGUAUCACGCGUGGAUGGAGGGGAGAUUUCUGCCGGUGGCAACUAAAUCCUGGAAUGUACCACUACAAAACCGUUAUUGCUAACCAGUUUACAGUGUGUCUGCGCAGGUGUGGUCAGACAGUAUACCAGCAGGUGUUGUCUACGGAGCGACCCCCGACUCUUCAGGGUUGGAACUGGGGUUAUUGUGGUGAAUACGCCUUUUACCAUGCUCUGUACCCACGAGCCUGGACCGUCUACCACCUGCCUGGCCAGAAUGUCACUCUCACCUGCAGGCAGGUGUCACCUGUCAUCCCUCAUGACUACAAGGACUCCAGUCUUCCUGUGGCUGUGUUUGUGUGGGACAUUGAGAAUAAGAAUGACUACGCACUUGAUGUUUCCAUCAUGUUCACGAUGGUUAAUGGGUCUGGCCAUAAAGACGAUAAGAGUGGGGGCCACUGGAAUGAGCCAUUUCACCUGGAAAAAGACGGAGAAUCUGUGUCUGGGGUGUUACUACAUCACCAGAUGCCUGUCAACCCUUACACUCUGUGUAUAGCUGCAAGAGAAAAGGACUCCAGUCUUCCUGUGGCUGUGUUUGUGUGGGACAUUGAGAAUAAGAAUGACUACGCACUUGAUGUUUCCAUCAUGUUCACGAUGGUUAAUGGGUCUGGCCAUAAAGACGAUAAGAGUGGCGGCCACUGGAAUGAGCCAUUUCACCUGGAAAAAGACAGAGAAUCUGUGUCUGGGGUGUUACUACAUCACCAGAUGCCCGUCAACCCUUACACUCUGUGUAUAGCUGCAAGAGAAAAGUAUUUGUGUGGUGUUUGUUUCAGGAGAUACACACAUUAUUAUGGAACCAAAGGAGAUGCUGCCCCGUCUCUGUCUCACUACGCACUCACACACUACAGUAAAUGGGAGGAGAGCAUUGAUGAGUGGCAGAGGCCGAUUCUACAGGAUGGGUCUCUUCCUGCUUGGUAUAAGUCCGCUCUGUUUAAUGAGCUGUACUUUGUUGUGGAUGGUGGAACCGUGUGGGUGGAGCUUCCAGAGGACGCUGACAUCAGCGGUGGGCUUCGUCCUGAGGAUGGGGGGCUUCCAGCCCAGCCUGAAGUUGUCAAGGAUUACGGCCGUUUCGCUUACCUAGAGGGUCAGGAGUACAGGAUGUAUAACACAUAUGAUGUGCACUUCUAUGCUUCAUUCGCUCUCAUCAUGCUCUGGCCCAAGCUGGCUCUGAGUGUGCAGUAUGAUAUUGCUGGUAGUGUCGUUCAACACGAUCCUACAGAGAGGUUAAAUCUAAUGAAUGGCCGAUACUCACCAGUCAAGACCCGGGGUGUUGUACCUCACGACAUUGGAGACCCUGAUGAUGAGCCAUGGGUUCGUGCCAAUGCAUACAUGAUCCACGAUACAGCUGACUGGAAGGAUCUGAACUUGAAGUUUGUGCUGCAGGUGUACCGAGACUAUUACCUGACCCAGGAUGAGCAGUAUCUGAAGGAUAUGUGGCCCAUAUGCCAGACAGUUAUGGAAACGGAGUUGAAAUUUGAUAAGGAUGGUGAUGGGCUGAUAGAAAAUUCUGGCUAUGCAGACCAGACAUAUGAUGGAUGGAAGGUGACAGGACCCAGUGCAUACUGUGGUGGUCUGUGGCUGGCGUCAGUGUGCAUGAUGUGUAAAAUGGCACGUGUGCUGAAUUGCGAGUCUGUUUAUCAACGCUACAGAGAUAUUUUGGAGAGAGGAAGAGCAGCCUUUGACAAACUCCUGUGGAAUGGCAAAUACUACAACUAUGACAGCAGUGGACAGAGCAUGUCUAACAGUGUAAUGUCAGACCAGUGUGCAGGCCAUUGGUUUCUCAGGGCGUCUGGACUUGGGGACGAUGACUACCAGGCUUUUCCCAAGGAGAAAAUCUGUAGUGCGCUGAAGUCAGUGUUUGACCUCAAUGUUAUGAGCUUUUCAGACGGGCAGAUGGGUGCGGUGAAUGGGAUGAGGCCAGAAGGUGUGCCUGAUCGUUCCAGUGUCCAAUCAGAUGAGGUGUGGGUGGGAGUAGUAUACGGAUUAGCAGCUACAAUGAUACAUGAGGGCAUGAUAGAAGAGGGAAUGCGCACUGCUGAAGGCUGUUACCGCGCUGUAUGGGAGCGAAUGGGAAUGGCCUUCCAGACCCCUGAAGCAUACUGUGAGAAAGGCAUUUACCGCUCUCUCGCUUAUAUGAGGCCUUUGAGCAUCUGGGCAAUGCAGCUUGCACUAAACAAUAGACCAAACCAUGGCAAAACCACUGAUACAGAUGUGGGACAGGACUGAGCUGGAGCCUUAUACAUGUGCUAAAGGGAACUUGUGCUGUUGAGCCUCCAUAAUGAAGUGACCUCUUAGUUUUAAAAUACCGCAAAGGACUUUGGAGAUAAUGUCAUCAUGAGCUGUCGGUUCACACAGAACCUUAAUUUCCAGUUAUUUUGUAAAACUGACAUUUCCACUAAAAUGUGCAUAAGCUUUACCACAGUCCUUCUAUGUAGCAGCUAUAAAUCAUAGUUUUACAAAUGGGAGUGUAAAGGCUUGGUCUCGGUGAACUGACAUACUAUUCAUUAUGAUAUUGGAUUUAGGGUCAUUGAUCUUUGGGAAUCAAUAAGUUAGAGCAUGAUUCUAUAUAAUUUUCACUGUAUAGGUUCACAGUAUAAUUCUGAUUCUGAUUCUAUAUUUUUAUUUCUAUUAUGGGAAUGAUCUAUAGAGUACUUGAAGAAAGAACUGCUGGUUCUCUCUCUCUCUCUCGCUCUUUUAUUAGAAAUAUUUGUUCUUGUAUGUGUCAUAAAACAUUUGAGGCUUUGAGAAAGUCAGUACUGUACAUUAUUCUACAGAAUUGUAAUAGAAAUAUAAUGAAGUGAAUUGGAAUGAAUGUUUACUGCCAUCAGAUAAAUUUUUUCCUCAGAUGCAUCAGAAAGCAUUUCUUUUCUCUGUUGUAUCAGGAAAUGGUAUCAAACCCACAACCCUGAGAUGCUCAACAGACAUGUCAGGCUCAAGUGUGUGAUUUAAAUCACAUUGGCUAAAAGUGAAUUUCACCUUUUAUGGAAGCCACAGCAAUGCACAAUACUGUUCAAAAGUAUCUUUUGUAUCUUUUGCCCAC